AAGAACCAACCAAACCUUUUUUUUUUCCUCUCUGCAUUCUGUAAUCUUUAAAACGCGAAGAGCCCAAAGAAAUCAAAACAAAAACUCGAGCAUUCUUCCCCUCUUCGCUUGCAUGCAUUUCUCGUGUCCGUGCGAGUGCCUCUUCUCUCUCUUUCUCUCUCUUUCUGAGUUGAGAGACUUGAGUGAAGCCCUCAAAAGGGACAAAAAGGUUUUCUUUAGUUACAAAGACAGAUCAACAGAACAACUGCUCAAUUGGGUUUAUAUUUAUUAAUUGUUCACCAUUUUGGCAAAACUUGGAGAAACUCAACUACCCAUCUCGUCUUUCAACAGCAAUGCCGGCACCCAGAUUUGCAAUCUUGAAAAAUUUGGUCGGUUUUGGCUUGAGAGUUGAGACGAGUUGAAGAAAAUUCAAACACCCAAAUCUUCGUCUGAGCUUUGGAGUAUCUGUCACGGAAGGUUUUGCUCUUUCUUUCUUCGUAACUUUUUUUGGGUGGUUUGGUUGGGUAGAUGACCAAAACUUAUGGUUUAAUAUUUGAAAUUAUUCAUGCGUUCUGGUAGGAUUUGAAGAAAAGAAACAAGACUCAAAUCUUUGCAGAACGCUUUUUCAUUUUGUUUCAGUUUUUUUUCCUAGAUAUUCAAGGAGAAUUGAAAAUAAACUUAGGCUUGAGUGCCGUAGGGGCUUAGGUUGUCUGUGAAGCAUAACCCAUGUAAGAAUCAGGCUUGGGUAGCCUAGGAGUGCCUGAAGUUCAAACGAAUUCGAUAUUGAUUGGCCGAUGGGAAUCAACAUUUUCUGAAAGCUGAAUAAAGAGGCCAUUUUGAUCUUGCAUCUUAACAGUAAACCCACAAAGACGAUUCCUUUUGAGGAUUUGAUUUUUCUUAUUUAGUGGUGAUCGACUGUAAUCUCUAAGUUGCUUGGUGUUGGAGAUUAUUGAAAAAAGAUGGUUGGGACUGCAGAAGUGGUCCAGAAUGGGCAUUCAAAUGGCUCCAUUCAUAAUGGCAAUGGUGCGGAGGAGAAGCUUGACGAGCUCCGUCGCCUUUUGGGCAAAGCUAAAGGUGACCUACUGAGGAUUGUGGGUGUUGGGGCUGGUGCCUGGGGUAGUGUUUUUGCAGCUCUGCUGCAAGACAGCUAUGGCCAUCUUCGAGAAAAAGUGCAGAUCAGGAUUUGGAGAAGGCCGGGUAGGACUGUCGACAGGGCCACGGCAGAGCACCUGUUUGAAGUGAUCAAUUCGAGGGAGGAUGUAUUGAGGCGCCUGAUCAGGCGCUGUGCAUACUUGAAAUAUGUUGAGGCACGACUAGGUGACCGGACACUGUAUGCUGAUGAAAUUUUGAGAGAUGGGUUCUGCUUGAACAUGAUUGACACGCCACUUUGUCCAUUAAAGGUUGUCACCAACUUACAGGAGGCCGUCUGGGAUGCUGAUAUUGUGAUCAAUGGCUUGCCAUCGACAGAAACUCGUGAGCUUUUCGAAGAGAUCAGCAGGUAUUGGAAAGAGAGACUAACAACUCCAGUUAUCAUCUCUUUGGCAAAGGGUAUAGAGGCUGCAUUGGAUCCCGUUCCCCAUAUAAUAACUCCAACACAAAUGAUUAGUCGCGCAACUGGUAUUCCUAUGGAGAACAUUCUCUAUCUUGGAGGACCAAAUAUUGCCUCUGAGAUUUACAACAAGGAGUAUGCUAAUGCGCGUAUAUGUGGAGCUGAUAAAUGGAGGAAACCUCUAGCAAAGUUUUUGAGGCAGCCCCACUUCAUUGUGUGGGAUAACAGUGACCUUGUCACUCAUGAAGUUAUGGGAGGCUUGAAGAAUGUUUAUGCUAUUGGUGCUGGAAUGGUAGCUGCUCUAACCAAUGAGAGUGCUACCAGCAAGUCAGUAUACUUUGCACACUGUACAUCAGAAAUGAUUUUUAUUACACACCUGUUGGCUGAAGAACCAGAGAAACUUGCUGGGCCUUUACUUUCUGACACUUAUGUAACCCUGUUGAAAGGUCGUAAUGCAUGGUAUGGUCAGAUGUUAGCUAAGGGAGAAUUGAGCCUGGAUAUGGGUGACAGUAUCAAGGGAAAAGGAAUGAUUCAGGGAGUCUCUGCUGUGGGAGCAUUUUAUGAGCUGCUAAGUCAGUCUAGCUUAAGUGUGUUGCAUCCUGAUGAAAACAAACCUGUUGCUCCUGUUGAGCUUUGCCCCAUCUUGAAGACCUUAUAUAAAAUUCUAAUAAAAAGGGAAAUCCCAUCACAAGCUAUUCUACAAGCAUUAAGGGAUGAAACCAUGUAUGAUCCUCGUGAUCGUAUUGAGAUUGCACAGAGCCAUUCCUUCUACAGACCAUCACUUCUUGGGCAACCUUGAUCAACUGGUGAUGCUGUGGUUGUUUUCUAGUGGAUACUCUUCAAAAUGGUGCAAGAUUGUUGGGAAGGGGGAUCAAUAACUUUACUAUAAGUUGUAGAUCAAUCUGCAAAAUCAAUGAGAAUGAGGGUUUUGUAAUGGAUUAUGUAUCUAAAUUCAUUCAAUUGUAUCUUUGCUGCUAUAUAUGAUAUUAUGAUCUUGUAGAAGGUUCAGUAUUCCAGAAUAGCUUUCCUGAUAGCAUGUCAUAUGAUUUUUAUCUUAUAGUUAAUGUUAAGUAACAAUUCGGAAAUA